GUUGCUAUGUCAUGAUAAAGACAAUUUUAGACAUAUUCAUAUUUAUUCAUCGAUUUUAGGUAGAUAUUAAACGGAAAUGGCUAGGAAACUAAAUGAGGUUGAGAGUGAUUUACCCAAAAUAACAGGAAAAGAUUACCUAUCUCCAGUGAAGUUCGAACUAGAGAUACAACGCCAGAGGAUCUUGUAUAUCUUGCAUUCUGCUCUGAAAAAGAUGAGGGUUAUGGCUCGUCUACCUGAUAUGCUAAGAGACGACUGCAAAAUAUUGAAGCUUUUCUUGACACCAUCCGAAGUGGAUUUCGUUCAAUUUUCUUGUUCGAAAUACAUGCCAGGAGGACAAAUCGAUUCAUUGAAACAAAAAGAAAGUGUCGUUAAUUAUACCAAAGUUUUGAAUGAGAUAACCAUGAAUCAAUUAGAGGAAGAGGAUAAUGUUACCAGAGCUCUUCUAGGUACACUCGGUGACAAUCUGAGAGUGGACUAUCACAUAGCCCAAGUAAUCGAGAUAAUCAUGUCGAACGAAAAUCUCGUUAAUUACGUUGAGAGUAAUCCGGACGAAAUUUCUCAACCAGUUUUCAACCUUAUAGAAUGCCUGAGGCACUUAAAGUAUCUCAUCCAUGAAAAAUUAAUGAUUACAAGUAAAGAACAGAUGGAGACUGAUAAGCGUUUGAGGGUAGCUUACAAAUCGAACUUCGUCAUAACGCAAAACAUCAAACGUCUUCAAGAGCAAAUGAGCAAACAACAGAAAGAACUAGGAGCUGAACUAGAGAAGAAAAACGCCGUUUUGAAAUCUUACAACAGCAAACUAGAACAUCUACAGGAAGAGUUCCAAGCUGAAAUGAUGAAGAAAGUACAAAAGUCCGAGAAACAAAUGAUGACCGACUCCUUCAACAGCGAAGCUCGUCAAGUUGAGUUAGAGCAUGAAGCUCAUGACGCUGCAACGCAAUAUGCGAACCUCCUGGACAGCAACCUAGCUGAGGAAGGUCAGCUUAGGCAGAAACGUAACAAGGUUGAAGCCCAACUUGCCAGUUGGUUGUCCAAAUACGACAAUGACGUGGGGGAGAAACAAACUGAACUUGAGGCUCUAGAGAAACAGUAUAACGAUAUGAAGACUGAAUUUGAAGAACUGUUGGAAAAAUUCAAUGAGCAGACGAAGGAAUACGAUAUUCUAAUGGCAGAAAAGGAAGAAGAAGAACAAAGGAUAUUCGAGGAGAUGGCAAUGGACUUCCUGAGGAAUAGAUCAGCCAGAAGGAUACAGCGGGCAUGGAGAGCAUACUGGCAAAGGAAACUUGAAAGAAGAAAAGCAAGAAAGGCGGGCAAGGGGAAAGAUAAGAAGAAGACCAAGAAAGAAGUACCCAAACUUGAUCGAAAAGGGGACGCUAAUGCUGUGUUGCAAAAAACCUUCAAGAAGAAGGAUUAUCUUUUCGAAGAAAUGGACACGACUAAACAGUUUUCUUCUGCUCCUGUCCAAGUUGACUUGUCUUGAAUAGGACGAUAGUUUUAUUGAGUAAUUUGUUAUAUUUUUAUUUUUUAUCUUAUUUUUAUUUCGAAUCAUUUACAGUUAUUUUUUUAUAGAGAGCGCUUGAAAACUGAAUCAGAAAAUCAAAUAUAAUAUUUAAAUAGUA